CCUCUUGCUGUCUUUCUUUUCUGUAUUAGAUUCACUUUAAAUUUGCUGAUCUCCAUCAAUUAACAGAGCUAAAAUGGAGCUAAAGGAUAGUCCACUAUUCCGGUCAAAAGAGUCGAGUGUAAUAAUAUGCUUGGUCACCUUUGAGGCCUUCAUCAUUAGCAUAUUGGAAGGUAUGGUGAUAAUGCAUCAUCUAGGUCUAGUACAGAACUGUAACCCAGACUCAGCAGGAAUUGGCGUAAGCGAGUCUGAUUUGAUUUAUCAUUCCUUGUUCAUUAUCGCACAUAUAUUUCAGGUUAUCCUAUGUGUGGACGCGUUAUAUCAGAGAAAUACAGCUCAACUUUGUGCUUUAAUCACAUUUGGCUUAUUGGUCGUAGGUUACGCAAUCAUUCAACUUCAACAACAUGUUAUUUUGGAAAAUGCAGUAUGCGGUAAUGAAGCUUUUUGGCAUCCAGUAGAUUCACGCUGGCAAGACAGUUUAUUCGGAAUGGACUCAGCCAAAGACUUCUAUAGAAGUAUUAUGAGACCAAUUGAAUACACUAUUAUUGCACUUAUUCCGGCAUGCUUCUUAGCUUUGGCAUACUUCGGAUGGAGGUUACGAAAACAAUUUGCUUGGGAUAAUUACAGAAACUUUUCAGCAGAUACACGAGUAAGAAGUGCUUUGAUUCAGAUGAGCUUACUUUUGACCCUGCUCAAACUGGACUUUUUCUUUGUGUUUGGAUUUGCUGCUCAGUUGAUCCCUUCUAAACUACUAGGCUACAACGACUCAAUUACUGAAACAGUUUUGGUAUUUGUGUUUGGUAGUAUCGGUUUAUCACUAGCUUUAAUUGCUGUUUAUCAAGAAAACUUGUAUGCUAUGGGAGCAUUCAUUUGUGGAGGCUGCUUAUCCGUCAUUUACUUCAUUUAUCGAAUCGUCAUUAUUGCUAGACCCCGUAUAAAUGGUUAUGAUCCUUACUUGCAUACAAGGCAGUUCCUUAUUUUUACCACAGUAAUAGCUGCCGUGCUGAUUCUGAUCACCAUAACGGUAGCAUUCAAAUGCCUCAUCAAUAUCAGAAAAGGAGUCUACUUAUUCCAAGGUAACUCAAUUUACAAGCGACGACAAGUCAAUGACAAAACAGAUCAUGAAGCUAUCGAUACAGAGAGUCUGCAUGGUUUCGAAAUGAAGGGUAGACAGAUAGAAGAGAAAACUGCAGCAUACAAUGAAGCAGAUGACGAUCGUAUUGGAUUAAAGCAAAAAAAUGAACAGUCAGCCUUGUGGACUAUCGAAUAGAUUGUCUUAUCUUUACAGUAUAAAAGAAGAAUUGCUUUUAAAAGAAUUGCCCGUAUUAAAAAGUCCUAUGCUAUUAAUCAUUUGCUUCGCUUAUUGUUCUUUCUAUUUAUUUUAAUAAAUUUCUUCAGUUUUAGUUGUAAAGCAUUUUUUUCCCC